UGCUGUUAGUAUCCAAAGAAAGAGAAUAUCACUGUCGCUGAUGAAGAGGGCCUAAUCGAGAUCCUAAAAUUACAUCAAUUGCCUUCUCCAUUGCCUAAACUAGGCGUAUCCGCGUCUUUUCCAGAGUUAAACCGCAUUGCGUCUUGCAGAGCUUUCGCGCUCUGUCUCUAGAGAUUAGAAUGCAUGCUGCGUGAGCGGUCUAGGCAUUGUUGUUCUUGAUAGGAUUUCAGGGUUCUUUGGUUGUUCUUGAUAGAACGAGCAUGGAAGAGAAAUCGAGGUCGAAAGGAGGUUGCGGUUGGUUUGUGCUUUUGGUCGUCCUGGCUGGGGUUGUUGCCGCCAUUGUUAUCACCAUAAUGAAGAUAUCUGACCACCAUUCUGGUUCAGGUAAACCGGAACCGGUCUCGGGGCCUCCUGGCGCCAUUGAUGAGAAAUACACCGCUGCUCUUAAAGUCGCUAUGAAAUUCUUCGAUGUACAAAAGUCUGGUAGGUUGGAAAAAAAUGAGAUAUCUUGGAGAGGUGAUUCGGGUGUUAAAGACGGAAGUGAAGCAAAAUUGGAUCUCUCAAAGGGCAUGUAUGAUGCUGGGGAUCACAUGAAGUUUGGUUUUCCAAUGGCUUUUACUGCCACAGUGCUGUCUUGGGCAAUUCUCGAGUAUGGAGAUCAGAUGGAUGCUGUUAAUCAGUUGAAACCUGCUCAAGACUCCCUGAAGUGGAUCACGGACACCGAUUACCUUAUCAAUGCUCAUCCUUCUGAGAAUGUGCUCUAUAUUCAGGUGGGUGAUCCAGAAGCAGACCAUAAUUGUUGGGAUAGGCCUGAAGACAUGACGGAGAAGAGGUCAAUGGUACAAGUUAGCAUACCUUCUCCAGGAACAGAAGUUGCAGCUGAAACUGCAGCGGCUAUGGCUUCGGCAUCUUUGGUGUUUAAGACAAUUGAUCCCACAUAUUCGAGCGUGCUUCUUAGGCAUGCUAAACAGUUGUUUACCUUUGCUGACAAAUAUAGAGGAUCUUACAGUGUCAGCAUCCCUGAAGUCCAGACAUAUUACAAUUCAACUGGAUAUGGAGAUGAGCUCCUAUGGGCUGCUAGCUGGCUCUAUCAUGCAACAGGAGAUGACUCAUACCUUCAAUAUGUCAGUGGCCAGAAUGAAAGAUUAUUUGCUAAAUUUGGAAGCCCAACCUGGUUUUCUUGGGAUAACAAGCUUGCAGGAACUCAGGUUUUGCUAUCCAGAUUAAGCUUCUUUGAUGGCAAAAACAAUGGUGGAAUUGCAAUGUACAAGCAAACAGCCGAAGCUGUUAUGUCCGGUCUCCUACCAGAUUCACCAACAGCCACAAAAAGCAGAACUGAUGGUGGUCUUACAUGGGUCAGUGAGUGGAACUCUCCGCAGCACCCUGUUGCUUCUGCAUUUUUAGCUGCUCUUUACAGUGAUUACAUGCUUACGUCGCGUACUGCUUCGAUAUCCUGUGAUGGAGAAACCUAUGAACCAGCUGAUCUUAGGAACUUUGCCAAAUCUCAGGCUGACUACAUACUGGGAACGAAUCCCAUGGAAAUGAGCUUUCUUGUGGGCUAUGGGGAAAAUUAUCCACAAUACGUGCAUCAUAGGGGAGCCUCAAUUCCCGCAAAUGCAACUACUGGCUGCACUGAUGGAUUCAAGUGGCUUAAUUCAACUGAUCCCAAUCCCAAUAUAGCUGAUGGAGCACUUGUGGGUGGACCCUUCCUAAAUGAAACAUACAUUGAUUCCAGAAACAACUCCAUGCAAGGGGAGCCAAGCACAUAUAACAGCGCUGUCAUUGUUGGCCUCCUCUCAAGCCUGGUCACUACUUCUUCAGCAGUCAAAUCCUUCACCUGAAGCAGCCUCAGUACAUAAGUAUUUGCACAUUGUAGUACUAUAUGUACGUAGCCGUAUGCAUUAAACUGGGGGAUUAUGCAAAUUUCCGUCACUAAAAGAGUUGACUACGUCCAACUCAGUC